AUGAACGUAUGCAAUCGUCGAAAAGCGGAAACCCCUCGCUUCGCGGGAUCGGUGAAAGCUCGACAGCGAGUAGGAAACGUCAACGCAAGCCGCCGUCUCCUCAAGUCGCCGGCACCGGAAUCGGCCGAAGCGCCCGAGCUUGAACGCGAGGAAGGGUGCGAGGUGGUGCGGUCGGCACUGGAGCAUGUUGCAGAGUGGGUGGGGUUCCUCGCGCAUGAUGCUAUCUGCCUGGUGUCGUCGGACAGGAAACGUCAGCGAUGCGGCAAGCAAGGCCAAGACGCACCAACGAGCACCAAUGCGUAUGGAGCUCGAGGCGUCCGGGUCGCUGUUCCUGAAAUCCCGGGCUGA